CUGGUCGUGAUUCUGAUGAAUACGGUGGCAAUGCUGAUGUACCUGUCGAUGCAGACGAAGAAGCUGAGGAAGACGAAGAGCGACAUCUGGGCGUACGGCGUCCUGGGGAUCAUCGUGGUGCUCUACCUCUUCUCGCUGGUGCCAACUCUCGUCGGAGGCGACGUCGUGGCACUCUUCACCGAAAGGAACCUCGAUGCCUUCUUCGUCUUUCAGGCAGCUAACACCCUCUUCAUUAUGAUGUUCCACAAAUACUGGCUAAACACGUGUGACUUCGAGAAGGAGUGUCUCGAGUUGAAUGGCUAA